AUGAGGGGGCUGCAGCCCCAGGGCAGGUCAUGUGAGCGGGCACAUCAGGUGGAGCUUGGGGGCGGAGCCAACAGUAUAAAGCUGAAGCCGGCCAGCCCAAUUGCUCAGUUCCAUGCUGGGCUCAGCGUGGCUGGCUUAAGAUCGCUGCUGUCGCCGGUUCCUCUGCAAAAAGCGACGCCCGGCGGGGGCUUUUACUCCCGAGGAGCCCUACCGGGGAUCGAACCGGCGCCGGGGAGGAGGGAGGGCGGGGACCGGGCUGGGCGUCCCUGGCAGCCGCCUGCAUGCAACGGGCGGGCGGGCGGCGAUCGUGCCCCGGGGCGAGCCGGCAUUUCUCCCCAGGAAGGCAGGGAGGGAAGAGGGAGGGGCGUGGGAAGGGAUCGCGCAGCCCCCCGGGGCCGGCUUGCCACCUUCCGGGAUGCCGGCCGCUGGAAAGCAGCGCCUCUCCCCCGGGCAUGCAACGAGCUGCAUGGCCCCGGACGCGCGCCCCCUCCGCUCCCCCCCAGCCCCUCCUGGCCAGUAAAGAGACGCUCCGCGGGUCGGGGCCGCCAGGGAGGUCCGGGACCCGAUCCGAAGGCUCCGCAGGAGGAGACGCCGCCAGCUUUCCGCUUCCCCCCAGCUGGCCUACCUGCCCUCCUUCCCAGCGCGGCGCCCAGAGGACGGGCUCGCCUCUCCUCUAGACUCGGGGACAGAUGUGCGGGAACCAGGCGGCCGCCGGGAGCUGAGAUUGCUGCUGCUGCUGCUGCUGCGCCCGCGGGGGAGACCCAUGGACCUCUUGGGCUCUCCGCCCCCCAGGCCACGCUCCUGCCCCAACGUGGACCUUCAGCCAUGAGAAAACGGGGCAAAGGUUUGGCCUCCGUCCCCACCUUCUGCCUUUCCGGCUAACCCCGUGGCGAGGGUGGCAGCGGGUGGACUAGCAGCCCCGGGCGGCCCGUCUCUGCAGGCUGCUGCAGCUGAGAAGACCCCUUGGAUGUUGCAAAAGAGCCCCUCUUGGCUAUGGGAUCCUACCUGGUCUAUCAAAGCUUGGGACUGGUCUUCUGCUGUUCCGUGUUAAGCUCUGCCUACCUUCGGAACCGACUGCGGCAACAGUUUUUACAUCUGUGGCAGGGGAGAACAUAGUGUGGCAUUCCAAAAUUAGCAUCUGUAGGUACUGAAAGCGGGGAAACAACCCAGAUUUCAACUCUGGGAUCUCUUCUUCAUCUUGACGUAUUCUGAUCUCCCCCUUACCCCCAACAAACCAAUGAGCUUAGCGAAGUGAGAGAGAUAAGCAUGACAUUUUACUUCCUGCGGUACGUGUGUGGGGU